GCCUCUCUUAUCAGUCGGUCGUCUCGUCAGCGGACAGUGAAGGUUACCUGCUUCAACAGUGCUUGAACGGCAACCUUUCAACUGUCUUAAAACAAACGAAUAAUCACCUCGAUCGCUCAGAACAUACUUGAUAACCAUCGAGUCACAUUUAAUUUACCUGGAAACAUCAGCCAGUUCAGACGUCUUGAACACGUUUGUUUUGUCCGGACGAUCUCCUCACACGAAGACCCGCCGCUGAACAAUUUGAACCAUGAGUUCCCAGGUGAGACAGAACUUCCACCAGGACUGCGAGGCUGCAAUCAACAGGCAGAUCAACCUGGAGCUGUAUGCCUCCUAUGUCUACCUGUCUAUGGGAUACUACUUUGACCGGGAUGAUCAGGCAUUGAACAACUUUGCCAAGUUCUUCCGUAAUCAGUCGCACGAGGAGCGUGAGCAUGCUGAAAAGCUAAUGAAACUACAGAACCAGAGGGGGGGGAGGAUCUUCCUUCAAGAUGUCAAGAAGCCAGAGAGGGAUGAGUGGGGCAGUGGAGUUGAGGCCCUUGAAUGUGCCCUGCAGCUUGAGAAGAGCGUGAACCAGUCCCUGCUGGACUUGCACAAGCUCUGCUCUGACCACAAUGACCCACAUUUGUGCGAUUUCAUCGAGACACACUACCUGGACGAGCAGGUGAAGUCCAUCAAAGAGCUGGCAGACUGGGUGACCAAUCUGCGCCGCAUGGGAGCUCCUCAGAACGGCAUGGCCGAGUACCUGUUCGACAAACACACCCUGGGCAAAGAAAGCAGCUAAAUCACAUCUACUAACGCUUUCUAUAUGUGUUUAUUUGUAUCUUGCUUUCAAUCAUUCUGCAAAUAUAAAGCCAGCUGCAUGGUACUGGCAAGUCAUUUAAACCUCUUAUAUUACUUGCGUUGUUAUUGCCAUUUACUCGACAUUAAAGUUACUUCACUAAUCCCAGAGCUGUGAGCUAUUACAUUCAAAGCCCACUCUUGUAUCUUGCACUUCUCUCUCUGCUGUCAGCUUACCAGCCAAUGACUAUCUACAUCAUUACCAUGUAUUAGCUGUGUUUUAUCCCAGGAGCUGUUAAUGAAACCAAAUAAACCGAACCCUCUGGAUUCUGAUAA